UCGUCAAAACUCAAUACCCUUGUAGCUCCUAGCGUCCUAUACAAGGAGAUUUUGUUUCUCUGGUCUCACAAACGGCAAAACCCGAGUCGAGUGUGAAGACUACUUACUGCCCGUGUCUCCCUUAGUUAUCGGUAAGACGGUCUGCUCCUCUAUUUUGUCUUUGAAUUGAAGAAUGGGAAGAGCGAAAAAGGGUGGUGCAAUAUUUAUCAGACUGGUGUCUUCUGCUGGUACUGGAUUUUUCUAUGUUACUAAGAAGAACCCUAAAAAGAUUACAGAGAAGCUUGAGUUCCGUAAGUUCGACCCUCGAGUUAAUCGCCAUGUUCUAUUUACUGAGGCCAAGAUGAAAUAGGCUUGCAUUCUGCUAUUUCAUGCUUCAUUGCUCAAGGUUGAUGCUUCGCAUAAUUUCUUAGUAGGUUGGCUUCACCAAUAACAUAGAGAAUGAUGCUUGGACUAUGAGUUCCCAGGUGAUAUUUAGUUUUUAUUUGUAGUAGUUGUAAUUGAACCACAUUUCAAUAUAAUAUCGGGUAUGUAAGUUCAAUUGAAAAAUAAAUUCUAGAUUUCUGAAAACAUAACACGAUUAUACAAGAGGAAAGACACAAAUAUUAAGGAGCC